AUGAAGCCCGUCGUCAGCAUCAUGCAUGCCUGGUCAUGCAUCGUCAUCUCUGUCUUCGCCAUCGUGAUCCUCUCCGUCCUCGGCGCGCUGUUCAACGCAAACCACCACAGCCUGAUGGAUAGCAACGACGAUCCAGAGGAUGGGACAGUGGUAGCAGGGACGGCGUUUGCGGCUGUGGGUGUUUAUGGGUUCUUCCUUGUCUUCUGUGGCCUUCAAGCGUGGCUGCACGCGCGCGAGUCGAGGCGUGGAGCGAUCGCUUUAUAG